AUGUCGGAGUCUUCUACCAUAGAUUCAGAAAUCACAUCUUCUGCUGAACCUACCAAUAUUGAUUCUGAGUCCCAAACCAUAGAGAAAUCGGAAGAAAUUGAUUUAUUAGAAAACGAGGGCAGGGGUAGAUCUAGGGUUAAAACCAGAAUGGUUAGUUUAGGUCAACCUGAUAACAUAACCUUAAUGGGAUAUAAUACCACUACUUCCAAACCUAUCAGUAGAGAAUCCAAAUGA